AUGGAAAACGGCGCACAGGGCGAGGGCAAAGACCCCUCCAGCUUCCUCAGCGACAUCAUCGGCAACCCCGUCAUUGUCAAGCUCAACUCGGGCGUCGUAUACAAAGGAGAACUCCAGUCUGUGGAUGGCUACAUGAACAUUGCACUAGAGAAGACACAAGAAUUCGUCAACGGUGUUAAGAGGAAAGAAUAUGGCGAUGCGUUCGUGCGCGGAAAUAAUGUCAUGUAUAUUUCUGCAGAUUUAUGA